GGCCGCGCGGAUAUCCUUCAAGUCUUGCUGAAUGUUGAAGAGACAGAUAGAGAGACGAAGAAAAUGGACAUGUUUUUCGCUCUCUGCAUGACGGUCGAAAAAGGCUACCUCUUGGCAGCAAAGCUCUUGAUUGAUUAUGGAGCACCAUUAGACCGUUUGAAUGAAGUUGAUUUAAAACCUUUGGAAAUAGCCAUUCUUGAAGAACAGGAAGCCAUGGUUUCACUUCUUCUAUCUCACAAUGCCCCGGUUAAUGGUUUUAACCGAUAUGGCUUUACGCCACUUAUGAUAUCAAUCAUUCAUGACAACCCUUCAGCAGCACCACAGCUGCUUUGGAGCAGACCCGGAUGCGCUGAGAUAUGGCGUAAGAGCUACAGGAGAACAGGUCGCAUUGAAUAUGAGGAGGGAGGAAAUUUCCCAAAUAAUAUUUUCGUGGAAAUAUGA